AUGUCUAUUGGAAGACGCGCACGACGCGUCGACCUCACCCCUGUCACACCAGUGCUGCGCGCUUACGGACUGGCAUACCUCUUCACCACGGCACCAAGAAUCUUCGCUUUCCUCAGGAGGGUCCGACGUUCACAUCUGAAGCUGGAAGAGCAGCUAGUGGUACUCCGCAACGUUCUCUUCACAUCUCUGCAGCUGAACCGCUUUCCCACAGCAGCGGCUGUGUUGAUAGGCGGUGCAACCACGUUUCCGCGCCUCGUCUCUGCGAUCCUUCGAUGGACGAUAUCAAUUUUCACACGGCAAAAGCCUUUACAUCUCGACAAGAACGUCUAUCUCUGUCUUCGGGCUGCUUGUUCUUUCCUAUCUGCCUGGCUUGCUUUCGGCCUCCUCAACCGUGAUGAGGAUUGGACCCGAAAGCGGGCUGAGUCCCGUGCAGCUGCUGUGGUCGACGACAGCACUGUCUACGUUCCAAAACGACAAGACUUGCUGUCGCCGUCGCACAGUCCCUCAUACGCCGGCAAAACCAUUGAUUUCACCUCAUUUGCUUUCUGCCGAGCUCUGGACGUCGUCAUCAUAAGUGCUUGGAGCCGGACUCGAACCAGAUCCUGGCAUCCGGAACGGCGAACUCCACGGCUAGCCAGUUUCCUGCGCGAGACCGCCGAUCCCUCGAUUUUCGCAAUGUCUGCAGCAGUCAUCAUGUGGUCGUGGUUCUAUGCGCCGGAGCGACUUCCGCGAGAAUACAACCACUGGGUGUCCAAAGCAGCCGACAUCGAUCCUCGCCUCAUCCAAGCCCUGAGGUUGGCGCGACAAGGAAACUUCGUGUAUGGGGAGGACACAGGCCAAGCACCUCUCCUAGCGAGUCUGUGUCGAGAACUGGGUCUGCCUGAAGAUUACGGUGAUCCUGCUAAAACCAACCCGAUACCUUGUGAAUUGUAUCAUUGUGGAAGCGGCAAAAGCUGUGAGUUCCACGCGCUCUCCCGAUUCUGGAGGAGUUGGGAAUUCGCCAUGGAAAUCUACGUACCUCUGCAAGUGUUGGCACUCCUUCGUGCGCCGAGCUCGGAAUCUAUUCUGGACGGUCUUCGAAAUGCAGCAAUCUCGUCAUCAUUUCUGGCGACUUUUGUGGCCUCGUUUUACUAUGCGGUGUGCUUGGCCAGGACUCGGCUUGGACCAAAGAUUGUGCCGUACAAGACGAUCACGCCGCAAAUGUGGGACUCUGGCCUAUGCGUAUUGGCCGGCUGCCUUGCGUGCGGUUGGUCUAUCUUCCUGGAGAAACCGAAAAGGCGACAGGAGAUCGCCUUCUUUGUAGCACCGCGAGCUCUGGCGACACUGAUACCCCGUGUCUACGAUAAAAGGUAUCAGAGGAGAGAACAAGUUGUUUUUGCCGCAAGUAUUGCAGUCGUGCUCACUACCCUCAAGUCGAACCAGAACCGGAACGUUCGAGGAGUGCUGGGGAGAUUGCUGUGUGGGAUCUUGAAUGAUUAA